AUGCUCCUGCUCAUGCUCCUGAUGCUGCCGAGGUUGCAAUGCUACGGUCCAGCCGGUUAUAGUGUUUGCUGCACGCCUGCUCCACCUCUUAAACCUAUUCAACCAACGAGUCAAAUAGAUUCUGUGAGCGAACAAUGCCCUGCGACGGCUUUACCCCCCGGCCCAGAGACCGCCUGUUGCGGAUCAAGUGAAGGGUUCAACAAGAUUUCCGGAGGCGGUAAUGCAAAUAUCGACCAGUUCCCUUGGUUAGUUCUGAUAGAAUAUCGCAAAAAUAACACGAUCGUCACUAACUGCGGCGGAGCACUUAUCAGUGGGAAAUACGUACUUACGGCGGCUCACUGUGUGGAUACAGGAAACACUUUAACGAGCGUCCGCCUUGGAGAGUAUGAUACUUACAAUUCCGGACCAGAUUGCGUUCUAGUAGAAGGCGGUGGCAAAGACUGCACUUAUGGUGCUGUUAGCAUACCAGUAGAACGAAUCAUUAGGCACCCAUACUAUCAAGAUUUUGUUAGACCGAUCUGCUUGCCUUCGACCAAUAUAAGUGAAAGCUCAGCAGGCUCGCGCCUACUUGCGGCAGGAUGGGGUGCUGUAGACGAGAAUAGAAAUGAAAGCCCUGUGAAACAAAUAGUGGACCUUCCUCCAGUCGAUAUACUCACUUGUUACAAUCACUUUUCGAAAUUCACCCAUCAACCUCGUCUCUGGGGCGGGCAAAUGUGUGCGGGAGGAGAGCCAGGCAAAGACGCUUGCGCGGGCGACUCGGGGGGACCUCUGAUCAGACAGAACGAGGACUGGUACGAGGUGGUCGGCAUCGUCAGCUACGGUACUAAACCUUGCGGCAGACUGCCCGGCGUCUACACCAAUGUAUAUGCUUAUCUGGACUGGAUUAGAUCUAAUAUGAACGAGUAA